AUGAGAAGCUCGCCUUCGAUGGAACCGAUUGCCAUCCCGCUUUCAGUGCAAACAGAGCCGAUUUUGACAACAAACUGCAACGACAACGUUCGCUGGGAAGUUCAACUCAAGACCGAGGAGAAAAUUCUCCCACAGCAAAUAAAAAUCACCGUCUUUGGCAACACAAUCAAAAUCACGGGCGAGUUUGAGAAGUCGAUCGAAAUACCCAGCGAUGUCGAAAUAUCGAAAAUACGGACUUGGAUCAAGGACAAAUCUCUUUUCAUUUCUGGUGCAAAGAAACAAGCUAAACCGGUUCAAGCAGCAUCUAAAAUGAGCGCGCCGACGAAUAGACUCAUUACGAACUCGGCCGACAAAUGGGAGCUGCAUGUGGAUUUGGGAGAAAAUUGUCCUGAUCCUAAUGAUUUGUCGAUUAUCGUUAAGCAGAACUUUUUGUGUAUUUACAUUGGAAGAGGCGACGCCGAGAAAAUCCUGCACGACCGAGUAGCUAUUCCAGCGAAUGUCAAACCAAAGAACAUUCAAACUGCGAUCAAAGGCAAAGUCCUUGUCGUUUCUGCUCCCAAAGGACUUUCAAAGCCAACAAUGUUUAAUUCUACAGCUGAUAUUGACCUGUUUCCCGGCGGCUUUCAGAUAAUAAGUGGUGGCUGA